AUGACACAGGUCCAGUGGAAGACGCAAACCCUGGUGAUUCUGGACGUGGGGUUCUUCGGGGUGGGCCCCGCUAGGCGCGCGAACGUGAUGGCGGACCUCCGCCAGCAGAUCUGGAGCGCCGGCGGCAUGGUCGCCACUCCCCAGAGUGACACGGAGGUGGCGGCGACCGCAGCGGCGGCAGCGGCGGCAGAGGUGGCGGUAAGCGCAGCAUGCGGAAAGCAUGCGGGCAGCGGCGCCACCGUCGGUGGCGAGCCGCCUGCUGAUGGGAGAGCGGUAGCCGCAGCAUCAGCAUCAGCAUCAGCAGCAGCAGCAGCAGCAGGAGAAGAAGAUGCCGUUGUAGCAGCGCUUGCGGGGGAGUCGUCGCGCGCGAUGAUGCUUCCACUCACGCGGACCGCAAGCAUCGGCGGCGGCGGUGGCCAGGGGACGUCGCCGCAGGGUUUGAUGGUGGCGACGGCGGCGACGAGCGCGCUUGCCCGCGGAGGCGGCGUCGACAGGGUAGGCACCAACACCAACGGUAGUGGCGGCGGUGGCGGCGGCGGGCGCCGUCCGGGGCUCGGCAAGCGCGCACAGAGCAUCUCGGCCGCGCUCACGCAGGACGAGGGGCUCAUCCACAAGGUGAACGCCGGCUUGUCGGGCUCCGAGACCAACAUCUUCUUCCAGCUAAUGCUACCGGAGUCGACGUCGUCGUCGUCGCCGCCGCCGUCGUCGCAGCAGCGAUUCGAGAGUGGCCGCGCGUCCUUGCGCGCCGGCGCCGCUGGCGCCGCCCCGACCACGGCGGUCGUGUCCCGGUCGUCGGGGUCUGGGCCCUGGGGGGCUCCGCCGCUGGUGCCAACGGGGCCGUACCCUACCUUCAGCGGGGAUGCCCCGAAGGGCCUCGUGGCGGGGCCCGGGGAGCGCUUCGCCGGUCUUUCCAACAGCAGGUACGUGGCGUCUUACCUCCGCCGGCGGCGCUGGUUGUGGUUUUUCGCGUGCGACGAGGUGUCCGGCCAUGGUGAUGGCGGCGGCAGCGGCGGCGUAGGUGGCCCAGGCGGAGAGGACCAUGCCGGCGUCUCCCCGUCCGAUUGGAACAAGCGCCGGAGGAUGAUGAUCAACGCUCUCGCGCGGUCGCGGCGAGCCGACGGCUUCGUCCUGGUGGAGCUGCGAGAUGACGAUGCCUUGAUGGUAAAGGGGGUCCGUAUCAUGCUCGGGGUGCAAACUGGGGGUACGAACGAGGGAGGAGGCCGGGGAGGUGAUGGCGGUGGUGGCGGCGGCGGCGGAAGAUGGGGCGGGGGUGGGCGGGGCGAACCUCGUGCGAUGAGGAUGAUCCUGCAGUACAGGGUCUUUGAGGCGGGGCACGGUACUAUCGGCACGGAGCUCCUGAUGGAGCCGCAACAUGGCCACGUAUGGGUGGAGCGGCAGCAGGGUUCGAAGGACUCUGCAGGUGGGGGAGGCGGCGGUUCGUUUUGGAUGUCCGACAAGGACCUGUUUCAGCACCUGAUCCGCUACGUGGACGCGGCGGACCUGCGCAUCCUGUCGGCCUUCAAGAGCUAUUUCUACCUCCAACACAAAAGCGAAGCUGCGGCACAGAUGUCCCCCAUCGCCCGGGCGAGGGACCACGCCGCCACCGCCGCUAUGUCCAGCGCCGCUGCCGCCCACAACAGCGGGUGGGACAUACCGGGGGCGAGCAGGGCGGGGCCCGGCGGGCGGCGUGGGGGAGUGGGAUCUCGACAGAGCAGCAGCGGCAGCGCUGGCGGUGCUAGCGGCAUGGAGACCUACCCGCGGCGGCAGUCUUCCCCUGGCAGAGUCCCCCAGAGCAGGAGCUGGAGUGGGAGCGGGAGCGGGAGCUUCGGCGACGGCGGCAGCAGGCGCGGGGGGGCGAGGGACGGCGGCGCGGGAGACGACGCCGACGUCCUGUCGGAGGUCGCGGUGCCCGUGAGCCUGAUCAACCUCGUCGUGCACGCGGACCAGCGGCGCGCGCCCCUCCGCAUGUUCCACUUCGCGGACGCUCUCCCGUCGCUGCCGCCGCCGCCGCCGCCGCCCCCGGCGCACAACACGCCGUCGCCGAGGAAGAUACGGCAGAGGCCGUCCAGGGGCGGCCCGGGAGGCGGCGCCGCCGGAGGGGCGAGAGACAGCGGCGAAGUCGGGCAGCUCCCGACGACGAAGGAAGGAGUCGUGAUGGAGCGGGGCGGUGGGGUGGGAGAGAAGGGGGCGGAGGAGCAGCAAGGAAGGAAGGACGACGCGGGGCGGCAGCGGGAAGCGGCUGAGAAUGACGACGGCGGCUGCGCCGCCGCCGCCGCCGCCGCCGCCGCUCCUGCUGCGAGGCACUGCGCCACGUGCGAGGUGCUGCCGGUCGUCCAGAUCGACGACAAUGGCGAUAAUAAGGACGGGGACGGUGCCGGGAGCCCCGCGGUGGGCGACGGCAGGCAGGGGGGCACCGCAGGAUGUCGUGGGCGAGGCGGGUCGGUACACGAGGGUGACUUGUCGACGAACGAGCAGAUGCACGGCCUGCUGGAGAAGGUGCUGGAGGACGCGCAGAACGUGUCCGUCCCGUGGGCGAUAACCUCGUCGGACCUGAUCCCGCCGAGCAACUACCUGGUGGCCAACAGCAGCAGCGGCAGUAGUUCCGGCAACAACGCUGCCUCGCGGGUCGGCGGUGGUCGCUCCGGAGGCCACUGCAACGCUGGCCCGGCGUCACCCCCUACCGCCGGGGCUUCCUCUGGCCGUGGAGGCGUGCCGGGAUUGGCCCCACCCAUUCUCAAGGGCGCCUCGGGGCCCUUGCCCUCCGAGCUGGCGAUGCGCGGCCGCUGGUUCUCGAGGACCAUCGGCGACGGCGCGAUACUCCUGACGUUCCUGCCGGCCUUGGAUGAGUGGAGGAAGGAGGUGUCGGCGCGCCUGGAGCAGAGGAGAGCGCUGCGGGAGGCGAGGAAGACCCGGAAGUGGAAGAAGAGCGGCAGGAAAGGACUCGGGAGGGGUGGUGCUUCCGCUGGUAAGGGUGGCGAUAAGGAUGAGGACGACUCGCUCGGCCUCUUUCUGUUCCUCGUGCGGUCCGGGGACUUCGGGCUGCCCAUUGAGCCGCAGAGCGCCAGGCUGCGGGACAUCCGGAGGAUCUUGCUGGCCCAUAUCCCGCGCAGUCACCACCGGGCGAUGGCGUUCAAGCCCGCAGAACGGAUUGGGUGGGGAGAUGAUCCCGGCGGCGGGCGCGUCGGCACGUUGGCAAGGUCGUACCAGGGGCUCGUCAACCUGGAGCACCGGAGAGCGUUCCUCAGGGUGGUGUACUCGGCCCUGCGAGAGGGGAGGGUGCUUUGCAGCGGCGAUCUCGCGUUCGCCCUGUCGGGGUGCGGUGAGACUGCCCGGGAGGUGAACAUCACCAGGCUGCGGCGUGUUGUGCUGGACAACGGCACGGCCGAGGGCGCUCCGCGUGCGGAUCCGGCUGAUGCCGCGCAGCAGGCAGAGCCGGACAAAGCUGCGUGCGACGUGGAGUUCACGAGCAUCCUUUCGAGGUACCUUCGGCCCGUCCCCGGCACGGCGUACUACAUCUACUGGGAGAGCGAAUACGAAGGGUGGGGUGCUGCCAACAUCCAACAGGCGAGUUCCGCGUCGGCUGGUGGUGGUGCUGCUGCUUCUGCUGCUGCUGGCGAGACGCUGAUUCCGCCACACUCGGUGACCGAGACAUCUCUAACGACGACGGCGGCCGCAGCCGGCCACCGUUGGUCCGGCCCGGUGGCGGACAACAUGGCAGCAGCUCUGGUACCCACAUUCCGCGGAGGGUCGCCACACGACAACAACAGCAGCACCAGCAGCAGCACCUGCGCCAACCAAUCACUGCAGGGUCGUAGCAGCUCCCUGUCUGCCGUCACCGACCCCGCGAUGGUGGCUGCUUCUUGUGCGGCGGCCGCGGCGGAAACGUGUUUGGCGUCUUUCCCGCUCUUCGUGCGCUUCGAGGUCGUCCACGACGAGACGGCGUGCGUCGACGGGACCGACGGAGAUGCGGCGGCGAUGGCCACGGUAGCGGCAGCAGCAGCUUCGGGGGAAGGGGACGAAAAUGAGCAAGACGGCAGAGUCCAUGUCGGCAACGAUGCGGCCCCGGGUUCGUUCCCUGACGGCGCUUGGCAGCAGCAACGGCGGCGGCACCGAAGCAGAGGGUGUGUCGUCGAUACCAGCCACACGUUGUCGCGAGCUCUCAAGUCGAUGCCGGACGUUGCCCGUGCUGGGCAGGCGGUCGGCAGAUUCGAUGGGGCCGGCGCCUGCGCCGACGGGGAAGGCCUGGGCGGGGCGCAGUCGCAUCUAUGCAUUUUGGCGACGACCUUCCCUGCGUCUGAUUGGUCAAGGUCUGCUUCCAGCGGUGCGGAGGCUGGGGCUGGCGGCGACGGACACUCGCCUGUCAAGACGGCAGCCCGGUUCGGGCAGUACUGUCGCCCAAGGACCUUGAGUACGGGCGACCUUGCCAUGGUCCACGGCGGCGGCGGCGGCGGUGGGCUACGCAUCGGCGGCGGCAGCGGUGGCAGCGGCACCACGAUGCCGAUUGUCACGAGCCUGGCCCGUCUGACCGAAGCGCUGCGAAAGCACAUUGACAAGAUCUACUGUUCGGAGGUCCUCCGGUCUCUCCUUCGGUGCACUCCGGUGACCAUACCGACACUCUUGACCGUGCGGAGGUGUCUUCGACCCCUCCCCGCGGAGGAAAUCACCCGCUUCUUGGUUCCCCUAGAGUUCAUGGUGGACAUCUCGACCGAACCGCAUUCCACCGGCAUCGGCCCACGGGGGCUGCGCUCCAUCGCCAAAGCGAGAGAGCUCCUGGACCAAGAGCUCCUCAGGGGAAAGGCGCCGUGCUUCCGCCGCGCCAAGGAGGAGGACGAGGAAGACGACGACGACGACGGUGAUGGUGCGCAGGAGACCCCUACCAAGACCGUGUCAGAUUCCCUCCGCCAAGACAUCGAGGCGGCAAAAGGGCUCUUGUUUGUCGUGGAGGAAGGGGUGCGGGCGGGUGGCGAGGGGGCGGCGCCGUCGUUGCAUGGUUGCCAAGCAGACGGGAGGAGGAACGGGGCCACCAGGGCAGAUGUUGGCGUCGACGAUAACGUUCGCGACGACGGAGACUCCUCUCGCCAUCCGGCAGCGGCAAAUGAUGACUAUUCGGUCCCGUACUGGGGAAUCGUGAGGGUAGGGGAGCUGACGAACGAUCCCGGUGAAGUGCCCGAGCCGUGGCCGUUGUACGGUGCUAGCCGCGCACGGACGCGGCAACUGGGGAAGACGGCGCACGCCUUUUCAAAGCCGUCGGAACCGACGCCGGCGUCUCAGGUGCAUCGGUUCGGCAGCGCGCCCGAAUCGGUCGGAUAUCGCUUGAUCGUGAUAAACGUAAAGGUUUCCGUCCACCACCCGCGGGGGAGCACGGUCUCGGCGAACAAGGGCACGGUGAUCGACGAAAUCAAGAGGGGUUUGCACUUGGCGGCGCGGAGGGUUAACCAGCUCAUGCUCCUUGAGAGUCUGAUCCAGACGAAGGUCGCGUGCGAGGUCCUCAUCCCUCCCCCCCACCCCCCCGCCACGACGACCACGGCACUGGACAUGCCCGAGGUUCUCCGGGUCGGAGCCGUGACGUACAGCAACCCUCGCGCUCGCCGGCCGAAGGCCAACGCCUUGACGGGCGCCGCGGGCGCUCCCCUCGGUGGUGUUGGCGGCGGCUUCCGCAGCAUCGACGACAAGGGCGUCGGGGGAAGAGGAGGACUCCUCAUGCAAUCGCCGCCACCCGCCGGGACGGGCUCGCCGGAAGCAUCGGCGGCAAAGGACGCCGGCGUCGUUGCCCGCGAUGGGGCCGUGGGCACUUCGUCGGCGUUCGUCGCACCAGAGUCUGCUGCUGGCACCGACGGGAAUUCCGACCGGAAAAAACUGUCUCCGACGGUCGACAGUAUCGGGCCAGGCGGAGAGGGUUUCCUGAGCAAGGCCUCGACUUGGGCGGGGUGCUCCCUGACGGUUGACACACGGAGUGUCGCUGGUGGGGUUUUCCGUCUCGAGAAUAGCCUAGACACCGCCAACAAGGGGAGCGGCAGUCCUUGUUCUUCGCCUACUCAACUGGUGUUGGACGGCGGUGGCGGUGAGAGCGGCAGAGUUGUGGACGGUCGGGCAACAAAAUCCACCCACGGGGGUGGUGGCGAACAGCAACAGCAACAGCAGGAGGAGGGCGAACUUGUCCUUCCCCAGCGGGAGCUCGGCCAGGCGUUCCGAGAAGGAGAGCUCCGGUGCGAGUGCAAGUAUUUCAGGCGGUUCCCGCUGUACCACCGGCUGCAGGCGCAGAUGGUGCUCGUUACCCUCGCCACCACCGCGCUGAAUGGCUUCCGAGUCCACGGGAGGAGUGACCUGUACGUGUGCCCGGACAAGCUGGGGAACUUCUACAUGACUCUGUCAGAGGAGGCAUCAUCUCAACCGGCUAUCGAGCUCAAAGUCUACGGAAUCGAGGACCUGAGCACGGAACUGAAGCGGAGACUUAUCGACAAGAUCGAAUUCGAGCUAGCGAAACAAGGAUGGGAGGCGCUCUCGUCGCAGCUCGGCAUGAACGACCACUUGAACGUGACAGCUGAAGACUGGGAGUUUGUGCGUACCGGCCCUAAUGCCGAUCCGGCCAGGGAUAGCGGCGGCGUCUCUAGAGGAGGACUUAUUGGGCGCGUAGUACAAGAAGCUAUCUCCCGUGGCAGUGGUAGCGGAGGCGAAGACUUCGUGGCUCGAGCAGCAGACGAGCAAACACAACAGGAAACGUCGCACUCUGACAGCGGCGGCGGCGGCGGCGGCGGCGGCAGCCGCAGCAGCAAGGGAAGCUUCACUGCCGCCACUACCAGGGUCCGCAAGGAGGACAGGGGGGGCAAGGAAGGCGCUGCACCCGCUUCCCUUCCGGGACACGAUCGGGCGUGGUUCUCCCUGCCCGCUGGUGGCGUCCUCGACACGUUCCUGCUGCUCCAGUACCUUCGGUCAGUCCUGUGCGCGGACGGGCUCAUGAAGAUCCUGCACUCCGCCACGAACGAAAGCCAGCCGCCCCAGUCGCCUCAGCUGGAACAGCCUCGGCAGCAAUCCCAGCUGAUACCACCACCGCCACGCCUCGACAUCAGUUUUAAGGGUCGGGGCCACCGGCGCCGGUCGACCGGCAGCUCUCCGCUCGCCCGCGCCUACUCCCAGGGGGGCCCCGGCAGCGCGUCCGGCUCGGCCUCGGUCGGGGGCGGGCGUGCAGGCGGCGACAGUUGGGACGGUGCCGCCGCCGAGGGUAGAGAGACGUCGGCCGCGGCCGAAGCAGUGGUCACGGCGGCUGUGCACGAGGCGAUCACCCUGGCCGGCGGCGUAGCCGUGCCUAGCGGAGGCAACGACAGUGGCCACGGGCCGCCGGGUGUCGACGCCGUCGGCGGCUUAUACGAUCGUGCCGGCAGCAGCAGUAGCAGUGGCACAAGAAGGGCUUCUGCAGGCGUCGGUGCAAUGGCCGCCGCCGCCACCACGGCCGCCGGCGCCCGCCCCGGCGGACCAGCCGCAAGGAUGCGCUCCGUUGACGAUCUGGACUCUAGCGGCAAGAGCGAGCGCAAGGCGCGCAGCGGUCUACCGGAGGGCGGCAGCAAGCUCGAGUACUCCUCCUCGUCGUCGAGUUCUUUCGCGGUGGCGAAGCCGCACGACGAGGCACGCGCGGUCACGGCGGGGGCGGCGGCGGCGGCGGCGGCGGCCAUCGCAGCGGCGAAGGUAAAGGAAGCAGGAAGGCCCUCGCCCGGCGAGCAAGGAAGCGUGGCAUUGGAAGAGACAAAGGGCAAGGACGGGAAAAAGGCCAACUUGGAGAGAAGUGGAAGUGGAGAAGGGAAACGAGAAGACGGCGCCGGUGGAAGUAUGGCCGGCGCUACCAGGCCCGACGAAGGGCUGGUCGAGGACGUCGAAGUCGACCCGAACGACCUGAACUUCGUGUACUCGUCGCGGCAGGCUACCACUGGCGUUCGCAGGGGUGACCCGGCAGCGAAACGGACAGCGGAGGCGGCCCGAAAGGUGGGAGAGGGCCUAGCCUUCGUUAAGCUUUGGCCUCUCGACGCCAAGACGGGAGCGCGCACGCCUUCCUUACGGACCGGGUUCCGCCCCUCGCCGAUCAGCGAGCUCGAGUCCCGGACAUCCGCGACCGGCGGCGGCAUGGACAUCGAGAUCCUGGCCGGGGCGGACGGCCUCGCCGCGGUGGCGAAGGCCAAGGCCGCAGCCGAGGCCGCGGCUUCGUCGGCACCGGCACCCUUGGAGCGAUCAUCGCUGGUGCCGGCGUCGGUGCGGGCGUCCUCUCCGCCGUCGUCGCUGUCUUCGCCGCCGGGCUCUCCCGCGGAGAUCGUCCAUACCGCGCCGGACGGAGCGGGGUUAGGAGCUUCUGCGGCGGCGGUAGGCGGCAGCGAUGUUGGCAGCGGGGCCGGGGAGUCGUCAUCCCGGUCGGCUUCUUCGCUGGUGGACGACAAUGCGGUCGACAAUAUUGGCAUUGAGGCAAUGCCGGAGGCAGCGGCGACCGGUGAGGCCGGCAGGGCCGUGGCUGGCGAGAAUAAAGAGGCGACAGCGGCCGCCCCGCGGUGGUUGGCGCUGGAAGUGGAGGUGUUCGCGGUUGGCGGCAUCAACGUGCCCUACAUGAUGUUCCUCAUCACAGUGUGCUUCGAACAGGCCCUGGCAGAGUACAUGAUGGAGAGACUCCUUCUCCGAGACAGAACGGGGCCGAGCCGCGGCUUGCCUCAAAGCGCCGCGGCGGCCGAAAGCAAGAAGAAUAAAUUCACCGAGCUGACCCGGGGCAGUGGGCAUAAGGCUGCUGCUGUUGCGGCGGCGACGGCAGGGAAGAAGGGGAACGCUUUGGACGAAGGGCCGCCUGUUCGCCACCGAACCCCUAAAGACGUGAAGUCGGUGUGCACAAUCGUGGGGCGCCUGGCGGAUAAGGCUGCCGGAGGCACCUCCCCCGUCACUCAGCAGAUAGUGGCCAACGAGUCCAUCCCGGGAUGGGCCGUUCCGACGUUCGCCGCUGACCUAACACAGGCGAUCUGUCACCAACAUUCUAGCUUUUUCACAUCGACGACGGCGAUAAACCUGUCUAAGAUGGGAGAACGCCCGAAAACCGCCAUCCUCAGCAGCUUCGCGCCACGGAGGCCCGGCAAAAGCAAUUCGACUGACGACCCCGGCCAGUACAUCAUCGUCCUCGGUCUUGAGUUCGACGGUGCGCCGAAGACCCACGUGAGGGAGGACCUCGAAGACGCGUUUAUUCGCGCAGGAGGGGCGCGUGGAGGGCGGGGAGCGACAGGAGCAGAAGGGGAAAGGGAACGAGUAGCGGCAGGAGGGGCAUCCACAAGCACCGGAGCCGUCGCCGGCGUCGCCGGCGGCGCCAGCGGAGGGUCUCUGCACAACCGCCCGAUGUCGUCGUUUGCCCUAGAUCCCCCACACCUGAAGCGGCAGCGCCCCCUCCUCGGUAUCGCAUCUGGGUGCUCCGGGUCAGGGUCUGGGUCGGGUGGCAGCGGUGGUGCCAGCGGUGGGGGGUUGGGAGGUGGACGGGAAGCAAGCAGUGGAAGGGCGGGACUAUCCUGCUGGCAACAAAAGGUGCGCCAACGCGGCAUGUUCUGCGUUAUCUCCGUUUCGACCACGAAGCAGUGGCUCACGACCUACAACUUCAACCCCUCGUUCUUCGAGAUAUGCCGGGGAGCCAUGGCGUCGUCUAUCACGUGGGCGAGAUGCCAGCGUGUGGCAUUCCAAAAUCUCCGUUUCGAGCAACGACCUCGUGGUUGUGUCUACGCUCCCGUCUUCCUCUUCGUUCACGCCGGGCUCGCUGACCUCCGCCACCCCCUUGACGUCGGCAACGUCGUCGGCUCAGCUGCUGACCUCGCUGGGUGGGUGGGCGGCGAGGGGAAUGGGAACGGGUACGAGAGGAGGAAGGGGAGAUGUCGGUGGAACCGACGAAUCUAG